UUGGUUGUAAUUACAUUCUCAUUAAUAAUCAAACAUACAUGAGUGUACUCAGUCAGAUCAUGCUCAGUCAGAUAAAAUAUAAAAGUUAAAAUUUGUACGGUUAUUAAAGACCUGCUGUCGAGGCUUUGGUGGUACCACCGCAGUGCAAUUAUUUAAUCUGAUUUCCUGCGUCACAAUGUUGACUUAUCUGCUCAUUACUUCAAUCGUGGUUAUUGUCGUUCUAAGAUUCGUACGAUUUUAUAUAAAAUUCUACAAAAAUAAACGAGUACUUCAACGAGUACCUGCCCCUCCGGAACGGUUCUUUUUGGGGCAUUUGAACGUCUUCACCAACAACCCUGAUGACAUAUUCGCCAGAAUACGACUUUAUUCGAAAAAGUACUACCCGAUUUACCGGUUUUCCACUCCUUAUAUUACCAUUGCUAAUUGCCUCGAACCGAACGACAUUGAACUAGUACUAUCGUCAACCAAACACUUAUCAAAGAGCAAAAUAUACACGUUUUUAUGCAACUGGUUAGGAACCGGUCUUUUAACCAGCACAGGUACCACUCUCAUUUACGUAUAACCCAAUGCACAACUACUAGGU